GACGUCUCUUGUGGACAGGUGUCCAAAAAUGAGUGCGGAGGAGAGGUUUAGUGUUUCAACGCUUUCGGUUCCUCUCCUCUUUCGGCUUCUCUUCGCAAAUCAUCUUGACUCUCCCUUACAGAUUCCGAAUCAGCAUCCAUGGAAGAGAUAACAGACGGAGUGAACAACAUGAACUUGGCCGUUGAUUCCCAAAAGAAGAACCGGAUUCAAGUUUCCAACACCAAGAAACCAUUGUUCUUCUACGUCAACCUCGCCAAGAAGUCGGUGGAACCAGAUGGUGAAUCAUAUCGGAUUACCUGGAAGCAAAACGUUUGCAGAACAAGUUGAGAUUUUGUCUCAAAGGUAUUGCCUUGACAUAGCUGAAGACAGAGAAGAUUUUGACAACAGACCUUUUGAUCCUGAAGAUUAAUCAAGUCUAGUCCUGAGGUUUGAGUAACCUUUGAAUCUUGCUGAUCGUUGAAAAAGAGAAGUGGGAUAAAGAUCUUUAAAAACAGAUUGGGUUUCUGCUUUUGUCCAUAAACAAACAAUAAACCAAGCAAAGAAGUUGUAUUAUUGAUAAGAUAAGUGGAUAGUAUAAAUGACUAAAUAGAUGAACUUUUCGUGAGAUAUCAAAAUUUGAUUCUUUGUUUUUUUGGUCUUGCAGAUUGAAAUUACGCUUGAGAAGUCAGAGAAGUUUGAUGAGCUAAUGACCGCAGCCAAUGAAGAAAAGGAAGAGCAGCAGAAGCUCAGAGAGCCGUGUGAGACUCUUAACCAUAUCAUCAACAUCAUUUUCCAACUUCACAUUCUUCUAUUCAUCCUGGCAACAAACCUCACAAACCCCCCCAUGGAGAAGCAAGAAGCAAUAGUUCUGUAUCCAUCACCACCAAUAGGUCACCUAGUAUCCAUGGUCGAGCUAGGCAAACUCAUCCUCUCCCAAAACCCAUCUCUCUCCAUCCACAUCAUCUUAGUCCCACCUCCUUACCAGCCCGAAUCAACCACCACCUACAUCUCCUCCGUCUCCUCCUCCUUCCCUUCAAUCACCUUCCACCGCCUCCCAACCGUCACACCCUACUCUUCAGCAACCACACAAAGCCACGAGGCACUCAUCUUAGAAAUCAUCUGCUUCAGCAACCCGAACGUCCACCGUACUCUCUUCUCCAUCUCCCAAACAUUCAACCUCCGUGCCAUGAUCAUCGACUUCUUCUGCACCGCCGUGCUAGACGUCGUCGCCGGUGAUUUCGCUUUCCCGGUUUACUACUUCUUCACCUCCGGAGCCGCCUGUCUCGCCGCCUUCUUCCAUCUCCCGACUCUUGACGAAACAACUGCCGGAAAAAACCUCAAAGACAUCCACACGCUGCUCAACAUCCCCGGCGUUCCUCCGAUCAAAGGCUCCGAUAUGCCUACCCGGCUACUUGACCGCAACGAUGAGGUCUACGAUGCAUUUAUAUCGUUCUCUAAGCAGCUCUCGAACUCUUCAGGGAUCAUUGUCAACACCUUUGAGGCGUUAGAGAACAGAGCCAUCAAGGCCAUAACAGAGGAGCUCUGUUUUCGCAAUAUUUAUCCGAUCGGACCCCUCAUUGUUAAGACAAGAACCGGAGAUAAUAAAAACGCAGAUUCUUGUCUGAACUGGCUAGAUUCGCAACCCGAACAGAGUGUUGUGUUCCUCUGUUUCGGGAGCUUGGGUUUGUUCUCGCAAGAACAGCUUAAGGAGAUUGCUAUCGGUUUAGAGAGAAGCGAGCAGAGGUUCUUGUGGGUGGUUCGUAAUCCACCAGAGCUACAAAACCAAACAGAACCGGAUUUGGAGUCUCUAUUACCGGAUGGGUUUCUAAACCGAACCGGAAACAGGGGAAUGGUGGUUAAAUCAUGGGCUCCGCAAGUUCCGGUUCUGAAUCAUAAAGCAAUCGGUGGGUUCGUGACUCAUUGCGGAUGGAACUCUAUUCUUGAAGCUGUUUGCGUGGGUGUACCGAUGGUGGCUUGGCCGUUAUAUGCUGAGCAGAGGUUUAAUAGAGCGGUGAUUGUGGAGGAGAUCAAGAUUGCUAUUUCGAUGAAUAAAACGGAGACAGGCUUCGUGAGUUUCAUGGAGGUGGAGAAACGAGUUCGGGAGGUAGUGGAGGAGGGUCCGGUUAGGGAGAGGACCAAGGCUAUGAAGAAUGCAGCUGAAUCAGCUUUGGUUGAAACCGGUUCGUCUAGGCACGCGUUGACUGCUUUACUCGAGUCGUGGAGUCCAAAACAAACUUAGACUCUGCUUCAGGUUAAGUUUUGUGAUAUAAGGAGGCAAUUGAUGCGAAAGGUGAAUUGUGACUGAAGAAGACUAUGACCGAUUGAUAUGUAGUAGAAAUCAAUGGUGAAGAUUGUAUUAUAAAACGGCUAUGCUUUUGUGACAAGCAACUGUAACUUGGUCUGAGUUUGAAUAAGUCCCCCUUCGUUAUAGGAGGUUGAACAAGUCUUUAUUUGUGUUUGUUGUAUGAGUUUGUUUGGGAGUUAGUUUCUAUUUCAGUUGUAAUGUUGAGAGACCUAUUUAAGAGAUAGUUUACUUUGAGUUCAACAAUAAACUAAGACUUUCAAUUA